UCAUAAAAGCCCAAAACAAAAACACAAAAAAACGAGGUAGGCGGUACGCGGUAGGCCUACUGCUGUUUUGUACAGAGCAGCUACUACCAGUAUUCGAAUGGUGUUUGAGGAAAGAUACAAAUUUGCUACAUUCCUUCACCUCCUCGUACAGAAAGCUCCCGCCCUUGAAAAACCAAAGAACUUUAAGUCGUCAUAUUUCAGGUGAGAUUUGGAUGCUUUUUUUGAAGCUAGCGAGUUUAGUUCAUGGCAUCAUCUGAAAUAAAAUCUGGGGCAUUGGUUACACUGCAAGACCUGCACCCAUCUUCCUCGUACUUCAAGCAAGGAGCUUCACUACGAGUAACCGGAAGGUUACAAGAUUAUUCUGUAGAGACAGCCAUUGCCACAAUUGUCGAUGGAAGUGAGAGAUUAAAAAUCAACACUCAGCACCUUCGGGAGCUUAGUUUUCGAGUUGGAUCUGUCUACCAGUUCAUCGGCGAGCUGCUUAUUCAACCGGACAAUGAGGCAGUAUUGCAGGCACGUGUGGGUAGGAAUGUCGACGGCAUGGAUCUCAAUCUUUAUCAUCAGUCUCUUCAAUUGUUAAGACAAUUUCAGGCCAAUCAUUUGAAGAACCCAGCAGUUUAGGUAUUCCGCAGUAGUUUGAAUGAGUGUGAUACUCAUAUAGAGGAAUCAAGCAGCCUGAGUUUGAUACCUAUAACAUGCAUUAGUGUGAGUUCGAUAACUGUGAGAGUCAUACUUUAGAACCUAGUAGUUUAUAAGGUAUCACGCUCAAAUUUUCUGGCCAACUAUAAGAGUGUGAUUCCUAUGUUAACUUAAUAUAUUAGCAUCAUACUCACUUUUUCGAGCCUACCAAGGAAGGCCUUAAUACAACUGUACUUUUGGAAAGGCUCAUGUGGAGAUUUUAAAGCUUA